UCUCUCUCUCUCUCUCUCUUGCACACACACACAGCACUUGAGUUCUCAUUCGCCUGUGAUUCUCGUCCUUUUUAGCGCCCCGCCUCUAUAAAAACCUCGUCACUGCAACUUCAAUUCCAAAUGCUUUCUCAAACUCGUUUUCUCUCUCUAAAUUACCUCAAUCCCACACGCCUUUGGCUUUCUCCAAACCCUUCGUUCUCUCGAACAAACAACUUGAAUCUCCCAAUCUCUCAAAUCAAUAAUCGAACAUUUACAUUCACUUCGACGAUGACUUCGAACUGCACACUCUCAAAUCAUAUCGGAACCGUUAACUUAGGGUUAAAUGAUUCCGAACUCGAAAGGUUCGCCGAAGUCGGUAACGAACUCGCCGACGCCGCUGGUGAAGUGAUUCGCAAGUAUUUCCGGAAAAGCUUCGACAUUGUUGACAAAGAAGAUUUGAGUCCAGUGACGAUUGCUGAUCAAGCAGCAGAGGAAUCUAUGGUUUCGAUUAUACAAAAAAGUUUUCCUUCUCAUGCAAUCUACGGAGAGGAAAAUGGUUGGAGGUGUGAAGAGAAGUUUGCAGAAUAUGUUUGGGUAUUAGAUCCAAUAGAUGGGACAAAGAGCUUUAUUACUGGGAAGCCCUUGUUUGGCACUCUCAUAGCUCUGUUGCACAAAGGCAAGCUGAUUCUUGGCAUAAUUGAUCAACCUGUUUUAAGAGAAAGAUGGAUUGGGAUAAGUGGGAGGAGAACUACGUUGAAUGGACAAGAAGUUGCCACACGCAAUUGUGCAAAACUUUCGCAGGCCUAUCUGUAUACCACUAGUCCACAUCUGUUCAGUGGAGAGGCUGAAGUAGCAUUUGCUCGAGUUAGAAGUAAGGUAAAAGUGCCACUAUAUGGCUGUGACUGUUAUGCCUAUGCCCUUUUGGCAUCUGGUUAUGUGGAUCUUGUAAUUGAGUCUGGUCUUAAGCCAUACGAUUUCCUUUCACUGAUACCCGUCAUAGAAGGUGCUGGUGGAGUUAUAACUGAUUGGAAAGGACAACAACUCACAUGGGAGGCUUCCUCAAUUUCACAUGCAUCAAGUUUUAAUGUUGUGGCGGCCGGUGACAAACAGCUCCACCUUCAAGCUCUAGAUGCAUUACAGUGGCAGUAAUAUCAUUAUCAGCAUCGGACUCCGUUCGGUGAAGCUGGUGCAAUGCUGCAACAGCCCUUAUGUUGGGCCUCAGAUCUUUAUAUAGAUGGCCUAUCCAGAUUAGAUAGAUGGACCCACUGAACACAAAUCUAAUAAUUUACCUAGAACUUGAUUUUGUAUUAUCUAUAAGAUAUUUAAAAGGAGCAAAUAUCUGGCACUUUUUAUUGAGUUCUUUAAUGCAGUUAUGUGCAAGUGUAAACUCCCUCGUUUAUUUAUUCUUGCUAGUAUGUUUACAUACCUGAAUAUCUGAUUUGAUGGCAACAAGUCUCAUGAAUUCUCUUCUAAACAAAGUUAAAAAAAAAAUAGAGGAAGCAAGUAAAUUUGAUACCAAAUUGCUUGAACAAAGUAAAUGCUCGUACAUGUUAUGCCAUUCAACAUUAAGGAUAAAAUUCACACAACCCAUUUAAGCCUCUUGUUAUGCCUCACUUCACGAACGAAACAAAGCUGCUGCCAGCCACUUAAACCUAAAGAACAGAAACAGUUUUUAAGUUCUAUCCCGAAGUAAGCCUUUUUCACAGUUAUCCAGUGAGAACAAAUUUAAGAAUUCGAUCCAAAUUUAAAAAUAAAUGUGGCGAGAGUGUUAUACGCUGGCACAUUUACCGGUUCUGAGUUGCACCGACAGUUGCCUCAUGCCAGAACAAACAAGAUCUUAAUCCUUCCCAAAAUCAGCA